GUUAUUUGCAUUUUUCAGCGUAGCGCAACUUUAUUUCUUGUCUUUGCUCUUUCUCAAGAAACCUGCUACUUAUUAUUGCAACUGCCCCUCGAUUUUACUUGAUCCCUUCCAUUUAUCGGGCUACUUAUCGGCCUGCCCCGCCGUAACCCAAGCAGCUACCUUACGGGGUAGUGCAGGCACGUUAGUAGUUUAAGUGCCCGCCUUAUUUCAAGGAUUCAACUUCAACUUGACCACGACCCUUCACUUGUCUGUCACAGACCCAAAGGCUACGACGACACGACACACGAUACGAUACCAAAUUCUACAUCGUUGAACCUCGCGCAUACCUAUAACAUUCUACACACACAACCCAGCUUGCAUCAGUAUUCCAAAAUGGCUCUUCCGAAGCGUAUCAUUAAAGAGACAGAAAGGCUUAUGGCCGAGCCGUAGGUUAUCCGUUCCGAACACAAGGGUCCUUCUUGCGCCCUUAAAUCGCAUCCUAACACCGCUCGCGAUGUAGUGUUCCAGGUAUCAGUGCCAUCCCCCACGAGGACAACCUCCGAUACUUCGACGUUCAAAUCCACGGCCCUGCUCAGUCUCCUUACGAAGGCGGCGUCUUCAACCUCGAGCUCUUCCUGCCCGACGACUACCCCAUGACACCUCCCAAGAUCCGAUUCCUUACCAAAAUCUUCCACCCUAACGUUGAUAAGCUUGGUCGCAUUUGUCUUGACGUUCUUAAGAACAACUGGUCUCCCGCCCUUCAGAUCCGAACUAUCCUUCUCUCGAUCCAAGCUCUUCUCGGUGCCCCUAACCCCGACGAUCCCCUCGCUGCCGAUGUUGCCAAGAGUUGGAAGGAGGACGAACAGGCGGCUAUCGCUACCGCCAAGGAGUGGACUGCCCAGUACGCGAAGCCUUGAAGGAAGUGUGAAGCAAUAAGAAAUAAUUACAAAAAAAAAAAAAGGAAUCAAGACUUGGACGGACUCGUAUCACCAGGUUAGAAAUACAAAUGCUGGAGUUCGGGGCUAACUGAUGUCUCAAUGGAGAACCUUCCUGUCGACUUUUGGCUGGAUACAAGAGUACUUGUAGGUUUGUGCUUGGCGUUGUCUUGCAGAACUGAGAGUUUUUCGUUUGUGCAAAGCAUACACAAUGAUUUUCUGGUAUGGAGUUUCGUGAUUGAUGAGACAGCAUUG